CUCGACUCCAAGCGGAGGAAGGAAAAAAAAAACAGAUCUGGAGUUUCAGCCUCUCUCAUUCAUUCUUCGCACCUCUCUUUCCCAUCCAACUCUGUCUUCCCCGCUUCACCCCACCUUGCGGACAAAAUUCUACGUGUUAAAAGCCUGGAGGCAUCGACGAGGGAAAAAAGGAAAGACGACGAUAACAACGACGGUCAUAAAUACUGAGGGUAGCCUCUCUCGUCGAGGUAUCCAGCUUUUCAUCUUCAGACAUUCUAACAGAGCAUCCCGGUCCUACCUUUUGCUCUCUCCCCUCCACAAUUUCUAUGGCCGCGAAAGUGCCAGUGCCAAAUUCAUGGGAUGAUGAAUGGGAGAAUCAACCGACCAAGUUACCUAUGACAAAUAACCCAUCAACAGUUGUGACCGGAAUCCUCCGGUCCGAUGCAGUGGAAUUCGCCCCGACUCAACCCCUCUACAUCCCCGCUUCCUCACAGCCAAAAACGUUCUUUAAACCGGACCUGAAAAUCCUCAAGCGCGCAUCUUCACCAAACUCUUCUACCGCGAUGGCCGAUGCGCCGAAAGUAUUGAUGGAGAAACCCCGAUCGCAAGAGCAAGAGACAGAGCAAGAACGUAGGGAACGGGAGCUCAAGGAGCGGGAGCGCCGGUAUCAGGAGACCCGCGAUAAGAUCUUUGCUUCACCAGCGCCUGUAGCAAAGCCCAGGCGUAGAUUCCCGUCUCCCUCCAGGACUGCGCCUGCCAGGAAUGCGCCGGCACCGACGAGUAGAGGUAAUCGGAAAUCGAAUAAAACCGGGGGAAAAGGUGGAGAUGGGGGAGGUGGGGCUAUCACCUCACUCUCCCUUAACGGCGGAGAUUUUACCAUGGCGCCUCCACCACCGAAAAUUUGGGAGAUUGACGAGAAGAUGCUGGAGUCACAGUUGGCGAUCAUGAGUGAGUCUAUGGCUGCGGCAGCUACUAUGGUUAAAGAUGGGGAGGGGGUGGAGGAACGCCUUUUUGAAUGGGAUUCUUUCGAGAGGGGUGGUUGGCGUCCAUGCGAUGAUCCAUCCGUGGUUCCCCAGUACAAUAAUAAUCAGGGACCAACUCCUCCACCACCGGCGGUCCUGGCACAGGAUAAACGCCCAGGCGUACUCCGCGCGCCUAGAGGGCCGGAUACGGAUGGUGGAAAGGGAUUUAAAGGAAGAGGACGAGCUCGGGAUGUUAAAGAGUUUGUUCCAGGAAAUACUUGGGGACAAUGAAAAACUGCAGUUUUCUUUCCUUUCUUUUUUCUUUUCCUCUUGAUUAUCUUAAUGUGGGCCCUUUCCUUUCCUUCCAAUUGAUUUAAAUUUUCUUUUCCUUCCUCUUAUGGGUGCUUUCUUUGUAUCUCCUCUAUCUCCUGGAUCUUACCUCUUUUUUUUCC